GGCGCGCUCUUCUUCCCCUCCCCCCUCCUCGAUACUCCUCGCGCUCUCCUCAUCCCCUCCACAACGGAUCCGACUUCCUGUCGGCUUUUGACGGCUAGAGUGGAUUUAUAAGAGUGUCCUCUUGAGGUUCAAAGCGCUACUUUAGUUUUUUCUUCUUUCCAUAUAUUAUAAUCCCCGUUCCCCCCUCUCCAGUCAGCAACUUGUAUAUCUCCAUCCUUGGUCAAGAUAGUCCUCCAGAAGCAAAAUGGCUGACACUGUCGGAAAGACCAUCACCUGCAAGGCUGCCAUCGCCUGGGCUGCUGGCGAGCCUCUGUCCAUCGAGGACGUUGAAGUCGCUCCUCCCAAGGCUCACGAAGUCCGUAUCCAGAUCCUACACACUGGUGUCUGCCACACAGAUGCGUACACGCUCUCUGGAAAGGACCCCGAGGGUGCUUUCCCUGUUAUCCUCGGCCACGAGGGUGCCGGUAUCGUCGAAUCUGUUGGCGAGGGUGUCACCUCCGUGAAGCCCGGUGACCAUGUCGUCGCUCUCUACACUCCCGAGUGCGGCGAGUGCAAGUUCUGCAAGUCUGGAAAGACCAACCUUUGCGGUAAGAUCCGGGCUACCCAGGGUCGCGGUGUCAUGCCCGAUGGCACCACCCGCUUCAGGGCCCGUGGCAAGGACAUCCUGCACUUCAUGGGUACCUCCACCUUCACGCAGUACACCGUCGUUGCCGAUAUCUCUGUCGUUGCCAUUACUCCCAAGGCCCCCACUGACCGAACCUGCUUGCUCGGCUGUGGUAUCACCACCGGUUACGGUGCCGCCGUUGUUACCGCCAAGGUUGAGGAAGGUUCCAAUGUCGCCGUCUUCGGUGCCGGAUGUGUCGGUCUCUCUGUCAUCCAAGGUGCCGUGAAGAACAAGGCUGGUAAGAUCAUUGUUGUCGAUGUAAACGAUAGCAAGGAGGCCUGGGCCCGCAAGUUCGGUGCUACCGACUUCGUUAACCCGACCAAGCUCGACGGAAAGAGCAUUCAGGAGAAGCUGAUUGAGAUGACUGAUGGCGGCUGUGACUACACCUUCGACUGCACUGGCAACGUUGGUGUCAUGCGUGCUGCCCUCGAGGCCUGCCACAAGGGCUGGGGUCAGAGCAUCAUCAUUGGUGUUGCUGCUGCUGGCCAGGAGAUCUCCACUAGACCAUUCCAGCUGGUUACCGGACGUGUCUGGAGGGGAUGCGCUUUUGGUGGUAUCAAGGGCCGUAGCCAGCUUCCUGACCUUGUUGACGACUACCUGAACGGCAAGCUGAAGGUCGAUGAGUUCAUCACGCACCGUGAGCCCCUGGCCAACAUCAACACCGCCUUCGAACAGAUGAAGCAGGGUGACUGCAUCCGCUGUGUUGUCGACCUGAAGGCGUAGUCGGUUACGCCCCGGAAUUCAAAUAAUAUGGAAGUGAUCCACAUAACUGGAUAUUCCUCUUAAAUGAAAGCUCCUGCCAGGCUUCCAUCGUAUGGAGAAUAACGUGAAUCUCAUGAGAAGUCCGUGGCUCUUCGGUAGUGCAACUGAUCCGUUGCACUGGGAUGGAUCAUCAGGGAAGGAGUUGCCGCUCAUGCGGAAGCCGCAAGCCAUGGCCUCCUAUAUAAUGAUUCCUGUUGCCAAACAGCUUGUGUAACUAGGGUGAAAAGUCGACUCACUUGAGGGGUGUCUGAAGUGAGAUAUUUAACGUUGACUAGAAAUGAUAAAAAUGAAGUUCGGUGCAUCAUGCAAUGUCUUCUUUCGAUGUAAAAUUCUCCAUCUUCUGAAGGCGAUACCCUUGUAUGAGUUUCCCUUGAAAGCAAUUGCA